AUGUCCAAGGAAAAGAAACAGAGGGGAAGAAGAAUCAAACAGAAGGAAGAUACUUCUCUGGGGAACAACGAGGAUUUCAUCUCGUUGAGCGGAGGCUUUGACGAUGAAGAGCAGCCAACCGCUGUCUCCAACACGCCGUUUUUCGGAUUGGUAGACUCCACUGAGCUGGAAUACUUCAAGUCUGCCGAAUCAACACUAUCAGCUGACUCUUUUGAAAAUGAAGAAGAGAAACUCCAGUUUAUCACUGGUGUUUACGAGGAAGCUAAAGGCAAAGAACUGAAGCUGGUGACUAACCAGAUCUGCUCCAAGCUGGUAGAGAGAUUGAUCCUUCACGGCUCCUAUGUUCAGAUAAAGCAGUUAUAUACAGCAUUCAGCGGCCAUUUUGUGCCAUUGUCUCACCAGAAGUACUCAUCUCAUUGUAUAGAAACGCUGUUGGUGAGAUCUGCCUCUUUGGUUGAGAAGGAGAUCACGCUGGAGCUCAAGCACGAUGACGAAGAUGAAUCUGGAAGCUUUGCCACUAUCGAGAACCUGUUCCUUUACAUGGUCAACGAGAUCAAGCCAAAUGUUAAGGAGAUGAUUUCUCAUCAGUACGCUACCCAUGUGCUGAGACUAAUCUUGCUAAUUCUGUCUGGUAACGUGCUUCCUUCCGGAACCAAAUCCAACUCCACGUUGAGGUCAAAAAGGUCUAAGAUCGCCAGAAAGAUGAUCGAACUGAAAGAUACUGAGGACUUCCAGAGAUCCUUCCAAAUCCCCAAGGAAACUUUCAAGGAAGAGCUGAAGGAUAUCGUGAAUGCCAUUUCGCGCAAUGAGACAACCAAGUCCAUGAGAGAGUUUGCUAUCCAGGCCAUUGCUUCACCUGUGAUCCAGUUGGUGACUCAGGUUGAAGGAUUAGUUGAUGGAGACAGAAAGGUUUGGCAUAUGCUCUUCCAACCCGUUGAUUCUCCCAAAUCAGACGACGAGUCUGCGUUUGUGGAGUACCUUCUGAGUGAUCCUAUUGGAUCACAUUUCCUGGAGGCCGCAGCCAAGCAGCAGAGACUAAAAUACCUGGAGAGACUGUACACUUUGUACAUGAAGGACAGAAUUUUCAAGCUGGCAAAAAGAGAAAAAACCGGUGUUUAUGUGGUGAAAGCGCUUCUGAUGAGGUUGAAGCCAAGGGAGCAGAAAGAAAUCUUGGACAGUCUAAUCCCACAUUUGAACGAGCUUAUCGAAGAGAGUUACGAUUUGGGAGAAACCAUUAUUGAUGCUUCUUCCAGUCGCAAGGAUUACAAGAAGGACGAAAUCGUCGCGAACAUCACUGAUUUCUUCAAGACCAAGAGCGAGAGUUCCACCGAUCAGGACCUGUUGGAAAGCUGCCUUCAUCUCUCAACCUCCACUCUGGGAAACACGAAAGAUGACUGGCCCACUGCGGAAGAAAGAAGAAGGUCUUUGUUCUUGCAGAAACUUAUCAACUAUCACGCUGAGUUCGCCCAGUUGACUGCUGACUCUCUGGUAAAGCUUCCUCACGAAAGAUUCAUUCAAAUGUGCCAACAUGGAGUGUUUUCGCACGUAGUGGAGAGUGUUCUUGAUGCUGAUCUCAUUCCCGAUGUGAUUAAGAGAAAAAUCAUCCUGAACGAAUGUUUCAUGAAGAACGACGAUGCAAUUUUGUUGUCUUGCAACGCAUACGGCUCCCAUUUGAUGGACAAACUGUGGGACUUCACUGUCAAAUUGAAUGUCUACAAAGACAGAAUUGCAGAGAGUCUUUUCAAGAACCAGGAGAAGGUCAAGGAGAGCAACUAUGGAAAGAUGGUGUGGAAGAAUUGGUCUAUGGAGUUGUACUCCAGAAAGAGAGGCGACUGGAAAAGACUUGUGAGGGAGCAAACCCUGGCGAAGUAUCCGCCACCUUCUGUCGAAGAUGAUUCUGAGAGUAAGAAGAGAAAACUGGAUGAGCAACAACAGCAGAGAAAGAGAGGAAGAAGGUGA